CCAGCCCCGGUGCGCGUGGGACAACCUGCUCUCUGUCGGAAACACGCGUCGACUUAGAUUAGUUGGUCGAAAGGAUCAAGUAUUUAUUAGUGGUGUAUUUUCAUCACUUCCAGAAUGAGAGGCUGAGAAAAACCAACAAACAAACAAACCAAAACACCGGAGUGAAGGAAUUAAAAGGCUUUUGUCGUUUUGGUGGAUAUCAAAACACAAUGGAACAGGACGACACAUUAGAUUUCAAAGCUCUGAGGGCCAAGUUCCAGGAUGAAGAAGUUCUCCUGAAGCAGCCCAAAAUCAAACCCGCUCUCCCAGAGAAACCCAAGGUGGUCCCCCCUCCACAGAGCCCCCCUCAUUACCUUCCUGCAGGAGCACGCCCCUCCUUACUCACCUCCAUCAACCAGACACUGGAAGGAAAGACCCCGGUCACCCCCAGAGUGAUCUUUAAGGAUGAGAAGAAGGAGAGCAAGAAGCCACUGACACAGACUAACUCUAAGACAAAAGACAAGAGUGAUGGGAAGGUAAAAGCUGGGAAAGACAAGACGAAAGCAAGCAAAGAAAAGCUAAAUGACGAGUCAUCGGACCAGAAGCAGAAAAAAGAGACGAGUAAAGAAAAGAAGCAUUCGUCUAAGGAGAGCUCUGCAGAGCUGGUGCCGGCCGCACCUCCCCCUAAAGCCACAACAUCAAAGAAGAAGGGCUUCCUGGGCUUCAAAAAGUCAGCAAAGAGAGAGUCAGUGGAGAUUCCAGCUGAGCCCAUCCUGGACACCCCCACCGCAGAGGUGUCUGGACCCAUCCCACUCAUCCCUGUGCCUUCGGAGUUUAGUGAAACCUCCCCAGAGCCGGUAAUCUCUGUACCAGAAGUGCCCCCACCGGACAUUCCCACUUUGCCUGAUUCCAGUGCUGCAGAGGAGAUGACCCCACCCUCCACCACCCCUGCCUCCCCUGAAUUCACCCCCCCUCCUGUCGUUAUCCCUGAGAUACCAUCUCCUCAAGUCCUGACCCCUGAGAGUGAAAGUCCUGCUUUACAGGUUUCCAGGCCAGCAAGUCAGAAUGAAACCAUUCCCGGCCCACCACCCACUUUAACCCCAACGCCCCCUCCCCCUUGUGCAGACCAGGCUGUUUCUACCCCUCCAGUGGCUUCCACUCCAUCUCCACUGCCUCCUGAGCCUGAAAUCCCAGCUGUAGAAGAUGUACCGGCAAUAGACAUGGGUGAAAUGGAGAUCCCCUCUCCUCUAGUCAUAGACCCCCCGCCCCUUCCACCAUCUCCCAAAAUUGAGCGCCCAAUUUCGGCUCUGUCCGCCCUGGAGAGAGCAGAAGACAUGAGUCCAGGAAAGAGGACCCCGCCAGGCGACCAGAGGAUCUUCAAUGCUCUGGAGAAGGCACGCAGGAAGUCAAGCCUACCGAAAAACACCAGCACAGCCUUCUCUGUUACCCCACCUCCAGAAGAGCUUCCUCUGACCCGCUCCCUCCCAGAACUCCCACCUAUUGAUUAUGAGGAUCGGGCUGGGAACGCCCCCCCGCCAAAACCACAGCAAAUCAACGGCUUCGACCACCUUCUCUCUCCAGUGUUGGAGGGCAUCACAGAGGAGGGGUCCAACGACAUCCCAGAGCUGCUGGUUGUUCCCCCUCCUCCACCCAAGAAGCCCCUCCCUGACCCCGAGUCUCUGGGUCCAGCUCCAGAAAAAGCUACCAGACCCCCGUCAGUCGACCUGAGUACCUUCAUCCCCCCUCCUCUAGUAGAAAAUGCUGCAGAAAUGCCAGCCCCUCCUCUUGAAUUCUUAGAAACAGACACUGACGUCGGGGGACAAACUGAUGUCCCUGAGUUUGACGAUAUGACUUCAGAUGCUCAUUCUCCAGAGCUGCCGGUGUCGGAGUGGGGCAACGGGGAGUACGCCAGUUCAGAUACUGUAGACGGACAGAACCUUCCAGAGCUUCAUAGUAAUGGGACAACUCUCCCCGUAGAAGAAGUCCAAGCAGCCCCUGUUUUUGACGAGGAAUACCAAGAUAAUCCACUCCCUGACACGUCCGUCCCUGCCUCUCCUGACUCUUUAGUACCAGCAGGGGCCCAAGUAGUAUCUAUCAAUAACACCUAUGCGAGUACAGAAAAUGUAUAUGAGGAUGUAACUAUGUCUGCAACCAAAAAGAAAGGAAAGAAUGAUGGAGGCAAGAAACGCAAAGGACCGCCUAAGAAUCCAUAUGCUGAGGCACCAGAGAUGACUGAAGAGAAAACCAAGACAGGCAGGUUCAGCAGGGGCGACAAGAAAGCUGCUGCUGAAGGACCAGAUGAAAAGGAGCUGAAAAAGAAAGAGAAGCAACGUCUGGAAAAGGAGAAGAAGGAGCUGAAGGAGAAACAGGAAAGGGAAAAGAAAGAGCAGAAAGAGAGGGAGAAGAAAGAAAAUGAGCUGAAGAAGAAAUUCAAAAUCACAGGACAGGAGGACACCAUGUACCAGGCGACAGUAACUGUAACAACAAAGGGACGUAAGAACGAUCUGCCGGUCAAGAGCGGAGACGUCAUCAGUAUCAUCCGAACAACCAACUGUCCCAAAGGGAAAUGGCUGGCCAGGGACGGCAGCAACAACUAUGGGUAUGUUGCCGUGGAUCACGUGGAGCUGGAUAUUAAGGAGAUGUUGGAGCUGGGAAAGAAAGCUGCAGUCUCCCGAAAGAGCAGCAGCAACAAUGUUAUUGAGCCAGAGGUCACGAGCACUGGGAGCAGAGCCUCAAAUCACUACCCACUAUCAGCAGAGAGCUUUACAGAUGACAGCGAGGAAUGGACAUGUGAUGACGAUGAACCAAUAUCUCCUGUUGACAAUACAGAUUCACUGGCUCCACUGAGCCACACCAGGACACUCUCCAUGCCAGAUAUGGGUACCAAAGACCUUCCCAUAAACCACCAGCACAGUCACAGUGACCUCAGUGCAGAUAGCUCCCACGUCCAAGCAAGACAUGAAGCACUCCAGAAGUUGGCCACAUUCUUCCAUGUACCCAAACCUGCAGCACCCACAGCCAGCACCAGUGAACCAGAGACAAGUCCUGUGCUUGAAAAGGAAGAAGAAAUUCACCUGCCUGAGGCGAGUUCAACACAGGAAAUGGACUUUGAAAACCCUGAUCUGCUCAUAUUACCUCCUCCUGACCUGUACGCUGACUUGACUGUGGAGUAACCAUUAUUAAAUGAGCAGAACAGAAAGUGGUGAACCUGAAGAAACUGGCUUUUCUCACACUGUGACCAAUGUCACUCGCCUAAUACUGUGACAGUGACAUUACCCACUUCACUAUGACAUUAUUUUUCCUGCUGACUCCAUUUGGGAGCCAGUAUUUUGUUUCACACGAGGAGAAUGAAAUGAGACAAGCGGUACACCAUCUCAGCAACUGGAACUGUUUGUGUGAAAUCAGUGGGGGACAGUUUUUACUGGAGACGUUAAACCUCGGACCUGGGAAAGGAGACAUUGUAGACAAACACAGAGGCUCUGCAGAGUUACAGUGACUGAGGCAGGAAAACUUCCACACCGCCUCACACAUUGAAACCCCAAAUCAGCCACUUUUGUUUGUGAUUGUAUUGUUUUGCUUUUUUUUUUUUUUUGUAUUUUUUGUACUUUGUAUUUUUCUGUAUCAUCAAUAUGCAGUUACAACUCAUUCUGGAUUAUGGAAGUGCUUGUUGUAAUUAAUCAUGUCAAAGUAUUUAAAACACUUUAGGUUCACACAUAAUAUAUAAUAAUUAUCUUAAGUGUCCCACCACUAAUCAACAUGGAGUGUGAUCUGAGAUAUACAAAUGUUUUCUGCUCCUACCAGUUGGUCUUGUCGUGGGUGCACAUUUUCCAGGGAAAUGUCAUUAACUGUUUUUUUUUUUGCAGGUGUAAACUGUUUUUGUCUCCUGGCUUGAGAAGAAUUCCUCCUCAAGCAGAUGAUUAAGUAUUAACAAAAAGAAGUAAAGUAGUGAGGUCAUGUUCAUGUAAGAUACUGUUGUUGACGUCUAUGGGUGCAGUUUUGGUUUUUAUAAAACACAGGGUGUGUACACAUGUAUGUACAGACUACUCUGCAAAGAAUUAAGACAUGUUCCUUUUUUAUUUUUGUUUAUUGUUUUUCAAUAAAUACUCAUUAAAGUGCAAAUCAUAACAGCAAUACAGUAUCAUGCAGUGCAUAAUAAGAGAAAUCCAAACCCCAAUCAGACACAAACAUGUCAAACACACUCAUUCAGACACACACACACACACCCUCACAAUAAUCAGUGUGCACAUACACACAUCAUGUACACAUGUGAAUUUAGAUUUACACUAAUCAUAAGAACCUCACCACACAGAAACAGAGUACAGCUUUGCUGUGGAAAAUAUUCACUUUGGUACAACAUGGAAAGUCUGCAGCUGAUUAGGCCCUCUGGCAUGUGUUUCCAGCUCUAAACACAGAUUAGAGUUUACAUGACUAACAUGCCACUGGUAGUUGCAUAUAGUUGUAAUUGUACAGUACUACAUGUGACAGUAAAUACUGGUUAAAACAGGAGUUUUUAAAUGUGAAUCAUGACUUCUCCAGUAUAGUGCACUUCUUCGAUCAAUGUUAUUCUGUAGUUAUAAGCAGCAGUAUCAGGAAUAAAUGAAUGCAUUAUCAGCCAAAUAUGAUCCUGAUCUGACCAAAGGAGUUCACUACACAAAGGACAAGUCGUGUAAGACACAGUAAUAGUUGUGUAAAGCAGAAGACUGACAGAAGGACACUGUUUUUACAAAGGUGUGCAUGUAGUUGUAUGUGCCUUACAGCAGGGAGUUUCUCCCUGACAGAGUAUACUGAAUGAUCAAUGUACCAUAACAGAAGAAAGCCAAUCUGACACAGGACAUAAAAACAGAACACGUAAUAAAGGGUUUCAGGAGA